AUGUUUGCCAUCAGAUCUUGCCGCCACACUGGCUAUAAGAUUGCUUCGGGUUUUAUUCAAGGUUCAAUAAAAGGAACAAAAAUAAGAAAAAUGGGUAAUUCUGAGUCUCGGUCUUAUUCUCCAAACCAACAAGGAACGUCAUCGAAAAAUGAUUCGCGGCGUGAAACAGUAACAAGUACUAGCUCAAACACAGAUUAUGUAGAAGCUAUUGUGUGUAAUGCCAAUGAUUUAAAAGAUAAUGAGAUGAAGGUAUUUGAUAUUGCUGAUGAGGGUAAAGUGCUUUUAGUUAAACAGAAUGGAGAAUUUAAUGCUGUUGGCCCAAAAUGUACUCAUUAUGGUGCUCCUUUGAAUAAUGGAGCUCUUGGUAAUGGAAGAAUUAGAUGUCCUUGGCAUGGAGCUUGUUUCAAUUUGAAAACUGGUGAUAUUGAAGAUUUUCCUGGAUUUGAUUCUCUACCAUGUCACCAAGUAACUGUUUCAGAUAAGGGCGAAGUAAAGGUAAGAGCUAAAAUAUCAGACUUAAAAUCAAACAAACGUGUCAAGGAAACUACCGUUACGUGCCCUUGUGAAGAAUCUACAGUAAUAAUAGUUGGCGGAGGACCUUCAGGCGCGACCUGCGCUGAAACUCUCAGAAGUGAAGGUUUUAAGGGUCGCAUCACCCUUAUCUCUAAAGAAAAUUAUCUUCCAUAUGAUAGAGUUAAAGUCUCUAAGAUUGGAACUGUCACCGAUAUCGAGAAACUGCAAGCUCGAAACCAACAGUACUACGAUGAAUCAAACAUAGAAAUUCUGAAGGGAAUUGAGGUGGUAAAAGUUAACACAGAUGAAAGAAGUGUAGAAUUAAGCAACAGUACCAAACGAAAGUAUAGCGCGCUCUAUUUGGCAACCGGGUCGAAACCACGUCUGCCUAAUAUUCCUGGAAUUGAUUUGAAAAAUAUUUUUACUGUAAGGAAUUUUGAUGAUUCCAUGAAUAUUCUUAAUCUUUUAGGCUCAGGUAAGGAUAAAGAUGUAGUUGUGUUGGGGUUGAGUUUCAUAGGCUUAGAAGUUGCGUCUUCAUGUGUUUCUAAAUCAAAGUCUAUGACCGUUGUGGGUAAGGACACCGCGCCUCUCGGUCAGAUAUUUGGAACAGAAAUUGGAAAAAGCUUACAAACACUGUUUGAAAGUAACAAUGUAAAAUUCCACUUUGAAACAACUGUUGUUAAAUGUAAUGGUGAAGGUGGAACACUUAAAUCAGUAGAAUUAGGAAAUGGUGAUGUAUUGCCAGCAGACAUGUUAGUUUUGGGAAUAGGUACUACAUUUUACACAGACUUCCUUCAAAAUAGUGGAAUCAACUUACUCCCAAAUGGUGCAGUCAAUGUUAAUGAUAAACUUGAAACAAAUGUUAAGAAUGUCUUUGCUGGUGGUGAUAUAGCAUAUGCACCUGUAUUCGCCAAUAAUAACACCCCUAUGUCCAUUGGUCAUAUUGGUUUGUCUCAAUAUCAUGGUCUUGUAGCCGCAAAAAACAUUUUAAAGAAAGAAACUCCUCUACGAACAGUGCCUUAUUUUUGGACCAUGCUCUUUGGAAAGUCAAUCAGGUAUGCUGGAUGCGGCAAGCCAGCUAGUUCCUUGAUAGAAGGAAAUGUAGCUGACCUGAAAUUUGUUGUAUUUUUCUUUGAUGAAUCUGAUAAAGUAAUAUCAGUUGCUUCUUGCAUGAGAGAUCCAGUUGUGUCACAAUUUGCGGAACUUCUCCAUCAAGGAAAAUCAAUAUAUAAGAAGGAUCUUGAAAAUAAUUUCUUUUCCUGGACUGAGUCCAUUCAUUAG